AUGGUAAAGGAUGAAGGUGACCGGCCCCCUGCGGAGGUGCCAGGAGCCCCUCUGCCCCCUGGGAAUGGCACACACAUGCCAACCGAGGACAGGAAGCGGCCCCUCCCCCGCUGCUACCUGAGCGCCGCCACUGGCUGCAGUGCUGCCAUCCCCACUGGCUGCAGGACUGUCCGAGGAGCUUCCAGAAAUCCACCCAGCGGGCCCCCCACGGGCCAGCGGGGCCCAGACGAACAGCCAAGGAGGCCCGGGGGCUCUCCUCCACUCCACGCGCGGCCGCCCGCCCGCCCCGGGCCGGCUCCACGGGGCCCCGCGCUGCCCGGCACAGUGAGGACACGCUUCCCUCCCGCUGCCACGCCAUCGCUGGCCACGGCCUCCCCGGAGCCCCCCGCCGCCAUCCCUGCGGUGCACGGCAGGUGCUUCUCUGUUCCAGCGAUGAUCCGGCCAUUUGUGAGGCGAAACGCCCGCGCAGAGGAGGGGAAUGAGUGCCGGGCUGGCCGGGGCGGAGCCACCGCGGACGUCAGCCCUGGAGCUGGACGGCCUGUGAGGCUGCGCCCCGCGGAGAGGCUGCCCACCCCACGGAGACUCCCGCCCACCCGCAGCAGUCUGUCCCACGCGGAGGGUGGGCCAGGAACAUCGCCCAGCGCGGCCAGCGAGGGCCGGGGUCCACGCCCUGCAGGGCUCUGCUAA